CAGAGAAACUUUAUUUGGAAUUGGGACAUGGCAGCAGUGUCAACUGGCAAUAAUUCGUGGCUCAGAGUACACUGCAUUUGAUUUCCAUACCUUCUUCACAUCCCUUGGCUUUCUCCCGUCCUGAAUUACUCCGUCUUCUCACUGCAUUUCUUUUGCUGCUAUAUAUAUUAUCUCCAAUUUCAGAGAUAAAUCAUGCCCUGCUUCUCACUCCAAGGUUUCUAGCUUGUCAUCCACGCUUAUGGAUCAUCAGCCUGGAAGGUUGCCUUCCUACUUCCAUAUAAAGAGGCUCGGGUUGGAGAGUGAGAGCGAGGGUGUCCUUUCACCAAUGACAGAACAAUGCCCUAACCACGCUCUUUCGACAGGCUCAGCUCACGUGAUCAAUUACCUUAACAAGAUACUAUUGGAGGAGGACGUUGACGAGAAUAAUGAUGACCUGUUGCUCCGUGAUCCUAUUGCGCUGAGAGCUGCCGAGGAUUACUUUUUUGAAGCCUUGAGCGAGAACCUCUCUUUUGACAGCAGUGUCGGAAGCCCAGAAGACAUCUCAGUUGGGACCUCCACUUCUGAUAUUGAUCUCUAUAAUUCCGAUCACGGAGAAUCCAAAUCAUCCUUCACAAGUGAUCCUCCCUGUCUCUCCAUCCAGUCAUCUUCAUCAAGUCAGACUACAUUGGAUGGGUUAAACGGUUCUUUAUAUAGCUUUGAUAGUGCUACUAUACGUUUGGAUGAUGAAGCUGCCUUCAUACUCCAAUUCCAGAGAGGUGUGCAGGAAGCUAGAAGAUUAUUUCCUGCCAUUAAUCCGAUGGUCAUCCAUUUUGAUGAUAAAUACCCAUUGGACUUGGAGACUGAAGGUAGUGUUGUGAGUGUAAAGAAAGAACACCAAGCUGAUUCGUGUAGAGGAAGGAAGCACUACCGUGCAAGUGAAAGUGGGCUAGAAGUAGAAAAAGAUGAGGAAAGGAGCAGGAAGCAGAGUGCAGUUUAUAAGGAGGAGGAGGACUUAUCAGAGGUGUUUGAUAAGGUUUUGCUAUGUACUACUGAUAAUAAUGAUGAUUUUCUAUCUGCAGCCGGAAAACAACAACAGAAAGGCCAAAAUGCGCGCAAUAGCCGUUCAAAUAAACAAGGAACAUAUGGUUGUGCAGUCGUUGAUCUCCAGUCUCUUUUGAUCAGCUGCGCAAAAUCUGUUGCUGCUGCUAAUGAUAAGGUUGCUGUAGAACAACUAAAGAACAUCAGGCGUUACUCUUCUCCUUCCGGUGACUCAAAUCAGAGGCUGGCACAUGCGUUUGCUAACGGCCUUGAGGCACGCCUGGGAACUCUGCCGCAACUUUAUGCUUCGUCAUCAUUUUGCAAGGCAGAUUGCUUUCCAAGUUAUGCUUCCGAAUUGAUGAAAUCCUACAUGUCAUCAUAUUUGCCAUUUCUGAGGUUAUUUAUCUUCUUUGCGAAUAAAAUGAUUUAUGAAGUAGCAAAAAAAGCGACAUCACUACACAUUAUAGAUUUUGGGAUUCUUCAUGGUAUUCAGUGGCCCACUCUUAUUCGGGAUCUUUCACAAAGGAACGGUGGCCCUCCAAAACUUCGAAUAACUGGGAUUGAGCUUCCCCAACCCGGUUUUCGUCCAUCUCAAACAAUAGUGGACACUGGUUGUCGCUUGGCAAGAUAUUGCAAGCGUUUUAAUGUACCGUUUCAAUACAAUGCCAUCACUGCAAAGAAUUGGGAGGCACUUAAGAUUGAUGACUUAAAGCUCGCGCAGGGUGAGGUGGUUGCUGUUAACUGUAAUGAUCGAUUCAAAGGCUUACUAGACGAGACAGCAUCUGGUUCUGACAGUCCCAGGGAUGUUGUUUUAAACUUAAUCCGGGAAGUAAACCCUCAUAUUUUUGUGCAUACUUCGCUUAGUGCAUCUCACAACUCACCUUUCUUUGUCAAUCGGUUCCAAUCUGCUCUCUUCUACUACUCUGGUAUCUUUGAUAUGUUUGAAUCUAUUUUCUCACACCAUGAUAGUCAACGGUUAAAUUUCGAACAAACAGUUAUGGGGCCUGUCAUAACGAAUAUUCUAGCAUGCGAGGGCACGGAAAGGUUAGAAAGGCCUGAAACAUACAAGCAGUGGCAAAGCCGCACUUUGAGGGCUGGGUUCAAGCCUAUGCCCCUGAACCCUGAACUCGUAAAGAAGUUAAGAGACAAGGCACGGGAAUCAUAUCACAAAGACUUUAUGUUUGCUGAAGACGGCCAUUGGGUGCUGCAGGGGUGGAAAGGUCGGGUUCUUUCUGGCAGCGCUGCCUGGGUAACUCACUACCGCUGAUUGAUUGUACGGUGCAUAAGCGAACUUUGCAUUUUAUGAAACGUUGCAUAAGCGAACUUUGCAUUUUAUGAAACGCUGCACGCCUGCACAUAGGAGCACGGAAACAUCCCAUAUAUCAAAUGUUUCCCUUUGGGAAACAUCAGAUUCUUAUUUCCGAAUUGAUUCUCUAUUAAUUAGCCAUUUGGAUUUUCAUUGGUUUUCUUUAUUAUGGGAUUUCUUGAUGGAAAUUAGGAUAUAAUGGCCUGUUGAUGUAAUUUUCCAUAGCUAGAUGGUCUUUGUGAUAUAUCGUAGUGUAAUGUACGAUUGGAAUGUAUUUGUGAAUACUCUGCAUUUUCUGUGAUUCAUGGUCUGUGAUAUUUCCAAAGAUAUUACUUGUAGUAGUAUUAUCUUUGGAAUCUGAGUAGAAUAACACUUUGCACAUAUAAC